AGGUGUGUCCAAACUUUUGACUGGUACUGUAUAUAUCAUGACUUGAGGAUAUGCCUAUGUAUUAAACAUAACCACAUUUCCACACAUAUAUGAGGGUACUUAUUCAGUUUAUUCUUGGCACAAAAUGACAACUCAAGCAUUUGCAUGCCAAAUACUUAUGUUUUGAAACUUCUAAUGAAUAAAUUAACGUGGCAUAGGCCAACACAAAUAUGUUGAUGUUCGGUUUGUGGAACGACGAUUGGUUAUCUCUGUGCUCCGAACGAACUCUUUUGCCUGGAUUCGAGGAGAAAAAAAUGGCACUGCUAUCCGGUAUCCUUGGGACGUCCAUAACCUAAACCCUACCCUAAUCCUAACCUCUACCUUUACUUUAACCCUAAUCUUAACCAUAACCCUUACUAAACCCUUUCCUUAACCACUACUGUAACCAUUUUACAUUUCAACUUCAAAUGGUUAGGGACAUCCUAAGGAUCCCGGAUUGCACGGACCGAACAAAAUAGUCGCCAGAAAGCAUGUAAAUUGACAGAGUCACGUGAACAGAGCAAGAGAAAUCCAUAGAAGAAUAUGCUGAAAAUCUAUGGGGGAACGCACGUUGGAUCAUGCACGCAAAAGUAUGGUCGCUCGAAUCAGAAUAUUCGACUGACGCAGAGGAAUAAACAAUAUCAAGACCAGCAGGGUUUAUAUCACCGAAGUUUGGAGCGGAAACUUGGCAGGGAAACAUGGCCGAAGGAGGGGUGGGCAAAGGUGGUGAUAGAGGAGAGGAGCCAGGAUCCUUGCAGGGUGGGCAGCAACAGUCCAUGCCCGGUGCAGGCCACUGCAAGUGGUUCAAUGUGCGGAUGGGCUUCGGGUUUAUAUCCAUGACUAGUCGUGGGGGAACUCCCGUAGAUCCUCCUAUGGAUGUAUUUGUUCACCAAAGCAAACUGCACAUGGAGGGCUUUCGCAGCCUGCGGGAGGGAGAGCCACUAGAGUUUACUUUCCAGAGGUCCCUCAGGGGCCUGGAGUCUGUACAAGUCACGGGCCCCGAGGGAGGCCCCUGCUCGGGCAGUGAGAGGAGACAGAAAAUCAAGCCCCCAGCCCCGCAGCAGAGAUGGAAGCCAAAAGGAGACCGAUGCUAUAACUGUGGAGGACUAGACCACCAUGCCAAAGAGUGUGGCCUGCCGCCCCAGCCAAAGAAGUGCCACUACUGCCAGAGCUCGACGCACAUGGUGGCCCACUGUCCUCACCGCCCCCCCGGCCCCUUGUCUCCUGGCCCUGCCACAGCCACUCAGGGAAGACGCACUACUGUGGACCAGUACCCCGGUACCUUUACCACCACCUCCUACAGCCCCAGUCCCAGGCAGGGAAACAGGCACUCCCAGCCCCCUCAGGACAGUUCCUCCCCCCUCAGCAAGUCCUCUAGCAAGUCCUCCAGCUCUCCGGAAGACCCGGCACAGAUCCAGAGGAGAUCUGGAGUGCACCACAGGUGGAAACAAUCCUGAUCCACAUCCACCAUGGACGGAUGCCACCUGUUAGUAUUACCUCUGGUCCAAUAAAACCACCUUCCUUCAGUCUGAUCAGUCUCCUCCUCACACAGACACAUCCUGAGCUACCUCCUGAGCAACCUCAAGCAGAUCCACAUUUCUAACCAAAUGGACAGUAAAGUAUCUAUUUUACUUCCCCAAUCCCUCCCAGACUCUCCCUCUACUAAACUGUGUACAUCUUAGCUACUUCCUGCGCCAACUCAAUCCAUCUCCACAUAGAUAGACCUAUACUCUUAGUUACCUCCUCGGCCAACUCAAACCAUCUCCACAUAGAUAGACCUAUACUCUUAGCUACCUCCUGGGCCAACUCAAUCCAUCUCCACAUAGAUAGACCUAUACUCUUAGUUACCUCCUGGGCCAGAUUCAGCCUCAUCUACCUCAGACUGGUAGCACAGGGAUGGUCAGUCACCCUUGUGUUUCCAUUGCUCAGUCAGGUUCAUUGACAUCCGCUCUACUAUCAAUUGCAAUAAGAAGACAACUGGGAAUGGGACUGACACACAAACAGCCAAAGCAAUCUUGUUCUUUCUUUUUUCAUAAUUUACCUGAUCUGAACUCUAUUGUCCCAAAGCUCAGUCUGUUCAAAUUCACCUGGAUUCACCAUUCACCUGGAUUCACCAUUCACCUGGAUUCACCAUUCACCUGGAUUUACCAUUCACCUGGAUUUACCAUUCACCUGGAUUCCCCAUUCACCUGGAUUCACCAUUCACCUGGAUUCACCAUUCACCUGGAUUCACCCUUCACCUGGAUUCACCAUUCACCUGGAUUCACCAUUCACCUGGAUUCACCAUUCACCUGGAUUCACCAUUCACCUGGAUUCACCAUUCACCUGGAUUCACCAUUCACCUGGAUUUACCAUUCACCUGGAUUCACCAUUCACCUGGAUUUACCAUUCACCUGGAUUCACCAUUCACCUGGAUUCACCAUUCACCAGGAUUCACCAUUCACCUGGAUUCACCAUUCACCUGGAUUUACCAUUCACAUGGAUUCACCAUUCACCUGGAUUCACCAUUCACCUGGAUUCACAUGGAUUCACCAUUCACCUGGAUUCACCAUUCACCUGGAUUUACAUGGAUUCACCCUUCACCUGGAUUCACAUGGAUUCACCCUUCACCUGGAUUCACAUGGAUUCACCCUUCACCUGGAUUCACAUGGAUUCACCCUUCACCUGGAUUCACAUGGAUUCAACAUUCACCUGUUCCAACGGGAAGUAUUUCUUAGAUUUUCUUUCUCUAUUUUGGAGAACUACACAGGGCGGUUCGAAGCCUUUGUUUUCUCUGUGCGUUUUUCAUCAGACGGUAGCCAAAGACACCCAAACCCAAUCAUAGCUCUCAUACCUCUUUGCCGGACAAAGAUUAAGCCUAGUCUUAGACUAGAACGCCCUUUCAAUGGAGAAUCGUGAUUGUCAUUGAACGUGCUUUUUAGUCCAGGACUAGACUAGAUCUGUCUCUGGGAAACUGUUUCUAACUAAACCAAUGCUAAUAUGAUCAUUUGUCUGUUCAGGGCAGUGAAGAAGUAGUAUACCUGCUUCCUCAUGGUCUCAUUCAUCCUCAUCAAUAAGAAUACUCAAUGUAAAUAUUAAGAUGAAUGUUGAAUGCAUUUAUAAGGAGACAUGGUUUAUGUUUCUUUUAACUUUACUCACACCAUAUCAUGACCAUACAGUACUCUCUCUCCCACAGGGUACGGCUGCACUGACUGACUGUGAAAGGGAAUUCUCAGUGUGUCAGCGGAGCAGUCACUUCUUAAUGUGUGUUGACAAAUCAAACUUAAUCUAAUUGAAUGACCUUAGUAGGAAGUGUAAGAUGACAAAUAAUCAAUGGGGUGAAAUGUUUGCCUUCAAUCCGUUGACUGCGUGACUGAAGGGCAUGAUACUGCAUGAAACAAAGCCCUGAUAUGUUCUAUAAUGCAGCUAUGAAUUGAACGUCUAGGCUCUACUAUGUUUACUGACAGUGAAUACAUGUUAUACUCAUAGAUCGUAUAUAUAAUCAAACAUUAGCACAAACCAAACUAGAUCCCUGGAGGACUCAAAUUUUAUAUUUUCUCACAGGAGAAAUAAUGUUCUCAGGGAACUUACCAAAAAGUUUACUUUUCAUUUUGAGGGGAAUCAUCAUCAUAGAACUAAAAUGUGUUUUUGUUUUAAGCAAACCAUGUCAUAUUGAGUUAGUGUUCAACUCUAUAGACUUAAGUACUGAUCUUAGUAACUACCUCUGAGUUCUAGGUAUACAUACUGUUAUUAUGUCCAUGUUACAUUGUAAACAGACAUGUCCACACCUGUCUGAACCUGUGCGUUAUUGUAAGUGCAUACCACCAUCUAGUGGUAAGUUCUGGUAAUUUAUAUUCUGUUUACAUUAUGGUUUCUGUUUGUCUUAGCAUUCGUUGGUCACACCACUUAGACAAAGGACCAAACUGAAAUCCUACACACGGGCCUUAUUCACUGAGUGUACAAAACAUUAAGAACACCUUCCUAAUAUUGAGUUGCACCACCCCACCACCCUUUUGUCCUCAGAACAGCCUCAGUUCAUCGGGGCAUGGACUCUACAAGGUGUCGAAAGCGUUCCACAGGGAUGUUGGUCGAUGUUGACUCCAAUGUUUCCCACAGCUGUGUCAAGUUGGCUGGAUGUCCUUUGGGUGGUGUACCAUUCUUGAUAAACACGGGAAACUGUUGAGUGAGAAAAACCCAACAGCGUUGCAGUUCUUGACACAGAUGCACCUGGCACAUACUACCAUACUCCAUUCAAAGGCACUUCAAUCUUUUGUCUUGCCCAUUCACCCUCUGCAUGGCACACAUACACCAUUCAUGUCUCAUUUGUCUCAAGGCUUAAAAAUCCUCAUUUAAACUGUCUCCUUCCCUUCAUCUACACUGAUUGAAGUGGAGUUAACAAGUGACAUCAAUAAGGGAUCAUAGCUUUCAUCUGGAUUCACAUGGUCAGUCUGUCAUGGAAAGAGCAGGUGUUCCUAAUGUUUUGUACACUCAGUGUAAUUGUGAUUUGGUCACUAUCCUUCUAAGUUAUGAAUUUCUCCUUCGAUUCAAAUAACGAUGAUUAUGUAAGAAAUAUUUUGUACAGUCAGUGUAUAUAAAAUCACUGCUGGACAUAUGGAACUGUGGUUUCUGUUAAACUCAUCUGACAAAAAAAUGGAGCAUUUAGUCAUAUUUUUUGUUUAUUUGACCAUUUUAACACCACGGUGUGUGUUGUAUCCUCUCUGUUAUGUGUGAUCCUCAGAGAUUGAUGGAACUACUGACAUUGUUUUAACCUUGUAUGGAUCAUAUCAUCUAAUCGUGUGUAUUAAUGAUCAAUUCAUAACAGAUAAACAACAGUGAAUCGCUAUCUCAUGGUUAUGUAACAGGGUAGGGGUCCAUUUCAAUUCAGUCAUUUCAGGUUGGAAACUAAAAUUCCAAUUCCAUUUGGAAAGCAAUUAGGUCAAAUGGAAUUUAAAUUUCAGUUGAAAUCCUGAACUGCCUGAAUGGAAAUGGAAUUGACCCCAACUAUUCUGCAACAUUUCUGUAUUAGUUGAGACAGCCCUGUGGAUGCAGACUGAACCAACGCAUUUAUUUGGGAGAUAUAUGCCCCAAAUACAACCCAGAAAGCACUGUUGAGUAGCCCACAUAAAGGACAUAUUGUGAUGUGAUGGACUCACGUUUUUGUAAAAAAAAUAAAAGCUUGUGUAUGUAUGUAUUUUCAGUGUUGUGGUUGUAUAAAACAAUCAAGUGUUUGUCCAUAGCAGAAGAUUGUCUUAACAUCUCGAAAGAGCACUGAUAUCUGUUGUAUUGUUUUCAUUCAUUCAUUGUAUUCAACGUCUUUUUUUUGUUACAUCAAUCAUGGAUUGUCUGGAUAUUCAAAUGGUUUAUUUGACUGAAAUAAUAAAGCCUGUUGCUUACA